UGAAACCAGUCCAAAUUCCAAACAUCGAGUUUAAAAGAUUCCUCUCUUUUCCUGCUUUUUUCCCCAUUAUUUUUGAAGUAUCCUUUUGGGGUUUUGCAUUUUAAGAUCAGGACGAAAUGCUGUGAAUUCACUUUUGCUUGUAAGUCUUUUCCGGAAGAAAAGCAUAUUGGUUUUAAGCUCUUUGUCUUUAAAGACUGGUUUUGUCUCAACCCUUUAGCACCAUUUGAGUUUUGUUGAUUCUAAUGGUGAAAUAAUACACACACCCACUUCUUAGAAAAGAAAAAGGAAAGGGAAACAAUGGGUUCUGUGAAUUGUUGUAAGUUUUUUAUUUUCCCCUUCUCAGAUCCGUAUGUUUCUUUUUUUUUUUUUUUUUUUCAUAAAUAAGAGAGGAAUCACAAUCUUUAUGAAUUGUGUUUAGUCUUUAUGAGCUCCCAAACAAAAAAAAUUACUGCAAAACUUGCUAAUUCUAGCUUUCCCAAGCUCUCACUACAAUUAAAAGGAGACAGGGGGAUUGUCCUUCCUGGGUUUUUGAACCACAUUUCAGCUUAGAUUUGGUCUAUGGCUCUUGAAAAGGAACGCCAAAAGCAAUCUCAAAGAAGAUGAUCGAUUCUACCUGCUCUCCAAGAUAAAAAGUAUUUCAGACAUACCUGUUCAAGCUGUAAUAGCUACUUUUGUGGCUGACCCCUACAAACCAAACCAUGGAGGUUUUUCAGAAGAACCACAGUCAUCUGCUUCCCUUUUUCUACUUUCUGUUUCUCUUGCUUCAAAAUUACUGAGAAACACUCUUGCUGAAGUGGGUUAAAUCGUUGUCUCGGUUUUCACAGUUCCAAAACCAGAAAUUGUCAGCAGAAACCAGUAAUCCAACGGCUCUCUACCACUCCAUCCUUUUAUUUGGUUUUAGGUUGAAAAUCCAUUUGUGCUUCUUCAAUCUCAAGAUAGAAAUCUCUCUGUUGACCAUCUUUUCCUAAUAUUUUAUUUACUAGCAAACCAAGACUACAGAUUCGUCUAGGUUCAUUUUGUGGGGUUGAGGGUAACAGAAUAGUAGAAUCCCACAUCCGAGAACUGCUUUUUAUUCCUCUCUUGAGUGGGGAGAUACUGUCCUCUUUCAGUGAGCUUCAGUGUUAUGUGUUGGGCGAUGGCCACUGGGCUCCAAAACCAGGAAGGAGUACCAGAAAAUCACCUGAGAAAACAGCUAGCUUUCGCGGUUAGGAGCAUUCAAUGGAGCUAUGCAAUCUUCUGGUCCAUCAAAACUGGAGGGGUGUUGGAAUGGCAAGAUGGGUACUACAAUGGAGACAUAAAGACCAGGAAAACAAUGCAACCCAUGGAGUUUAUAGCUGACCAAAUGGGUUUACAAAGGAGUGAGCAGUUAAGAGAACUGUAUGAGUCACUGUCAGCAGGUGACACCAAUCCACAAGCUAGGAGGCCUUCAGCAUCAUUGUCUCCUGAAGAUCUCACAGAUGCAGAGUGGUAUUACUUGGUUUGCAUGUCCUUCAAAUUCAGCCGUGGACAAGGGUUGCCUGCAAGAGCAUUGGAAAAUGGUCAAUCCAUCUGGCUGUGCAGGGCUCCAGAUGCAGAUGGCAAAGUAUUUGAACGGUCUCUGCUAGCUAAGAGUGCAUCUAUCCAGACUGUAGUAUGCUUUCCAUUUUUAGGCGGUGUGGUCGAACUGGGUGUGACUGAUCUGGUCUCAGAAGACCCAAGGCUCAUUGAACAAGUUAAAACUUGCUGCUUGGAGUAUCCAAGACCCAAUUGCAUUGAGCAAUCGGCUUCCAGCCCUCAAAAUGAAGACAACGAGGAGGACCCUGUAUUUGUCAAGGUUGGCCAUGAAAAAACUGAUUCCAUGGCUUUGGAUCCAGCAACUGAAUUUGAGACAAAACAAGAGAGUGAAAGCCCUGAAUUAUUACCUCCCUCAUAUAUUCCUCAAGAAGAAAUCACGUUUCACCAUGAUGGGAUUGAGGAGUUUCAUGCAAAUAUCUGUGAUGAAAUAGAAGCAGGCUCUCCCCAUGAUAGCUCAAAUGGAUGCGGGGUGCAGCAGCACACUGAAGAUUCCUUCAUGCUGGAAGGCGUUAAUGGUGGAGCUUCACAAGUCCAGAGCUGGCAGUUCUUAGAUGAUGAGUUCAGUAAUUGCAUGCUUGGUUCCAUGAAUUCUAGUGACUGUAUAUCCCAAACACUUGCAAAUCCUCAGAAUGUCGUCUCUUCUCCUAAGGGUGAGAAAAUAAAUAAUAUUCAUCUUCAAGAACUUCAAGAAUGCAAUGACACUAAGCUAAGCUCAUUGGACCUUGGAACUGAUGACUUGCACUACUCGAGGACUCUUUCUGCCAUUUUUAAGAACUCGCACAGUUUGAUUGUAGCACCACACAUUUGCAGAAGCAAUCACAAAUCCAGCUUUACAAAUUGGAGAGAAGGGCCGGUGGAUCCUCUGAAAACACAGAUUGGUACACCACAGAAAAUAUUAAAGAAGAUAUUGUUCGAAGUAGCUUGGAUGCAUGGUGGUAACUUGAUCGAAUCCCCGGCACAAAGAGCUAGCGAUGAUGGACUCUGGAAACUAGAAGGGGAUGAUGUUGGUGCGAACCAUGUAUUGUCAGAGAGGAGGAGAAGGGAGAAACUGAAGGAAAAAUUUCAUAUCCUUAAGUCCCUAGUUGCUCCUGUUGGCAAGGUUGACAAAGCAUCUAUCCUUGGCGACACAAUAGAGUACCUGAAAGAGCUUGAAAGAAGGGUGGAAGAGUUGGAAUCAUGCAGGGAGCUGGCAGAGUAUGAAGCAAGAGCAAGAAGGAAGCACCCAGAUAUAGCAGAGAGGACAUCUGACAACUAUGGCCACACAGACAUUGCAAAUGACAGGAAAACUACAAUUAACAAGAGGAAGGCUUCUGACAUUGAUGAGUCCGAGCUGGAGCUAGAUUGGGUUUCAUCAAAAGAUGGUUUGGCAGCCAAUCUCACCGUUGUCAUGAAUGAGAAGGAGGUUCUCAUCGAGUUGAGGUGUCCUUGGAGGGAGUGUUUGUUGCUUGAUAUUCUAGAUGCCAUAAGCAAUCUCAAUUUAGAUGCUCACACAGUUCAAUCUUCCACUCUUGAUGGCAAUCUUAUUCUGACAAUUAAAUCUAAGUUUAAGGGAGUGGCAGUUGCUUCUGCAGGGAUGAUCAAGCAAGCACUUCAGAGAGUCAUGGGUACAUGUUGAGCAUUGUGUGGUCAUUAGGAAGGCUAAAAUUGUUGAGAAAUACUUGCAGUGCUGUCCAAUCCAAGUUCAUUAAAUAACUUCUUGAAUAUUAUGUAAUAUAGUUCAGUUGUGGGGGUACUAUAACUCAGCUUGGACUGUCUCAAAACUCCAGCACUGGCAUUUUGAUUAUGAAUCCAGGCUACCUAUGUGACACAAGAAGGAAGAUCAAAGCGGAUUUGGCUGUUUGGGUUUUGCAUGUUGAUUGGAUUUCUCUGUGAAACUGCUGUACCAUCCAUUUCUUCCUGAAAAAAUACAUUUUGCAGAAUCUGGAGA